AAAAUGAAUCAUCCAUCAGCGGCUCGCCUCAUGACUUGGUCACAGAAAUCUGCUUCCGAUCUGACAAGUUGGCAACACCAUGCCCUGGUCCGUUUUCGAGUCCGGUCCGACGAGUGUACGAUGUAAACGAAAUAAAAAUGGAGACCAUCCACCUCAGUCUUCUAGUCGACUUGUACAGAGACCAGCCGUGUCUGUGGGAUUCUUCGUCACCCGAACACGCUGACAAGGAAUUGAGGCAGUAUGCACUGGAAGAGAUUCUUAAAGGGGCUGGGUAUGCGAUUACAGAGGACAAUGUUGCGAUUUUAAAGAGGAAGAUCAAUUCACUGAGAACCACCUACACGCGAGAGCUUCGUAAAGUCUUGGACAGUAAAGAAAAGGACCCCGACAAUGUCUACGAGCCAAGGUGGACUUACUAUGAAAGACUUGAUGAGUUUUUGAAUAAAAUCACUUGGAGGCAGAAGGGACAUGCCCCUAUGAAUUUUUCGCGGGCUGACAACGGCAAUGGGUCAUCUUCCAGGCCUCGAAGAGCGGCGAAAUCGGCCGCAAAAGCGUCGGCUGUCACAGAGGAAGAGUCUGGAGAUGGAGAUUCGACUUCUUCUUCCUUCUCUGACUUUGAUUCGUCGCCCUCUCCUCGACCUGCCAAGACACAGUCUUCUAAUACUCCGGCGAAACGCUCCGCCCAGUCCACAAACAAGAACACACCUCAGACAGAAGAACAAGGGUCAGGGAAGAAGAAGAGAUUGGACCCAAAAGUGGAGAGCUACCUCUUGGAUGUUGCGAAAGAGAAAGAAGCUUUUGCGGCGAUUGUCAAAGAUCUGAAGCAGGUAAAAAACAACAUGGCUUCUACGCCGCAGUCUCGGUGGACGCACUUUGGUCACUAUGUGGCCAUGACCCUGGACACCCUUGACCCUGUUGUGGCUACUGCAGCUGCGACUGAGAUGCAAGGGACCAUCGCCAAGUUUGUUGCUGAAACUGAAAGGUUUUGAAGAACAUCAAAGUUUCAACAUCAGUGUGUGCUCCUGAGUUGCUGAGUGUACGUUUUCCUCGUCCUCAAGGCCCGAGGUAGAUCCCUUGAGCAUCACUGACAAUACAGUACUGCAUACAGCUACAGUGGAUAUUUCUUUCUGCUCAGAGGACAGUUGUUUUGCCCCAGAUUUUACUCCAAACGUGUUUGGUGAGAGAUACAAUGUUUUCCUGCAGCUGGUUCUCGAGGGCCAAAACAGUCUGAUUAAGGAAAGUGUAUUUUUGUCCAAUUUUCUAUAUUUGGAUUAUAAUCAUGACGGUGGCCAUUAUGACCAGACUGAACUGAUGGCACUGUUUGAUACAACCUUAAUCUCUGAAGACAAGCAUGUUGGGGGUUUUUUUUCCUAGGGUUCCAGUAUUGGGAUUCGCAGUUCCUGUUUGACGUUGCUCUGGGGAAAUUUCUCUGAGAAAGGCUAAAUUUACGGGAUGGUUAGCUGGUUCAUGAUGUGUGAGUCACGGCUCAAACACUAACACAGACAGUUCAUGUUGUGUGAGAUCAGUAUUAUGAUUAUUGUGAUUUUGAGAUAAAAUCAGGUGGUCCAUGUAUAGCAUGUAAAUCCAAGAUCCUAUAUUAUCGUUGGACAAAUGUUCUGAAACUGUUCAGAUGGACGAGCCCAAAA